UCAAUUCAAACAGUCGGGCGUCGGCUCGUGAUCAACUACAUGCGUCGGGAUGUGUACAUGCGACGACUUUAUGUUUACGUUUACAAAGAAAUGGGUCAACCCAACUUUUCGUGGAACGAGUACUUGUAGUAAAAACUCUGUGUAUUUUUACAGACAGUGAAUGAUCGCUAUAUCGUCACAAAAUAGAACGUUGUAUGGAAAGUUUGAUAACAGUGUUUGCAACUUAACCUGUUUCGACGCAGAGAAAGCAGAAACAUUAUAGAGCUCUGAACAACUUACAAGAUACUCGUCGUACUUGGACGAGCUGUGUUAUUGACGUAUUGAAAGAAUGAAUUACGGGAAGAAAUCUCCAAGCAUGGGCACGCCUUCAGUAUACUCGCAUGUUACCACGCGUAGCAGUGCAAAUUUAAGAUCUUCGCGAUCAGUACGCAGUGUCAAAACAACGCCAUGGUAUCAAAAACCAAUAUUAACACAUGCUUAUGUUCUUGACAUCCAAAGAGGUGCCUUGUUUACUGGAAUAUUUUCAUUGGUCUUAGCCAUUUUCACUGUCAGCACGGCGAUAUUCGACCUUUAUUGUCUAUCUCAAGCUGCUCCAGGUUCAACGCAUUAUGGAUACUACAUGAUAUCGUAUGAAUUUGUAUAUGUAGGCAAUCAACAUGUUCGCAACGCUCUCGUAGUGUUUGCUCUGUUCUCCAUGCUUGGUGGGAUAGUAGUUUUUGUAACAUCCUUAAUAUUAAUAACUGCUUUACGAAAGGAAUACGAGAAGAAAAUGGUGCCUUGGUUGUACAGUUUUGCUGCGUUCAGUACUUUUAGACUGUUUGCUUUUGUAUUCUUCAGUACAGUAAAUGACAUGAUAUUUGCUUACAACAUCAUGAUGUGCCUUCUGUGGUCUAUAUUUACUUGUAUCUCCAUCUAUGGAUGGUUAAUAGUGUACUCUUUGUACAUCGAGUUGAGCGAUCUCACAAGAUUGGAAGAUCUUGCACAUUUGAGAAUUGGUACCAUGCAAUCACUGAACGCAUCUACCACACAGUCCAUUGCUGGUUCUCGACCAACAACACCUCACAGCGCGGUAUCAACAAUGCCCGCAAAUUAAAUGGAAAGAUUUCAAUCUCCGUUAUUAUUUAUCUGCGGAAAAGACUCUAGAUAUUCGUUGCGGAAGUAGGAGAUCAAGCGCAAACUAAAACGUAUCGAGAGUAAUGUUGGAACGAUAUGGUCCUGUGAUGUUCAGACCCAAGUUCCGUGUCUUAGGCUGCUCGCUUCCCUAGCUUCUGCCGUCAAUGUGGCAGCUGUCGGUUAUUACCACAUUAAAAGGUAACAAUCCAAUGUGAAGGUGCCUUUGUCAUUUAAAGCGAUAUUGAUGAAGAACGUGCCACGUAAAGCGCGGCACAUUUGCUAGUAUUACGAUACUGCCUUAGCGCGAUGCGCAUUCAAUUCAAUCCGUCCAUUUUUAUUGAAGUCCGUCCAAAGUAAGUUGAGGCGUAAUCAUGUUUUACACGAUUUAUGUCAUACAACGAAAGUAAUGGCGAACAGUAUGUAUCUCCGUUGUAAAGAUUAAGAUAUUGUAGAGAAACAGAUAUUAGAUUAUUAUUGUAUUGUUAAUUCUUGUAUACAUAAUAUAAUGAUUUCUAUUA